AUGUCCCGUUGGUCGCAGUGGAAGUCCAAGCUCCAUGUUGAUAAGCGGGGGAAGGACCGUUCCCGCAGCCCUGUGGCCGAUUCCAUCCUCGACAGCUUUCCAUCUGGCAUCAAAGUCUUAGUUGACCCUCCAGAUGCGACGACUGACAUAGUAUUUGUACAUGGUAUCACUGGUGACCGAGAACGAACAUGGACGAGCCCCACCAAUGCGGUUUGUUGGCCUCGUGAUCUCCUACCAGAAUCCCAUCCGGAAGCCAGAAUUCUGACAUUCGGUUAUGAUGCCUACGUCGUGGGAAAGUCUGAUAAUAUCGCCAAGCUUGAUAUUUCUCAUCAUGCAAAUGACCUACUCAACGCCCUAGCCAACGAGAGACAAAAGCCGACGACAAUCACGCGGCCUAUUAUCUUCGUGGCUCACAGCCUUGGUGGCCUCUUGUGUAAAGAUGCAAUUCGGAAAUCCGAGAUUAGUGGAGAUAGGCAUCUUCGGGAAAUAGCGAGUUGUACUCGGGGGAUUGCGUUCAUUGGCACGCCGCAUGGAGGGAGCUGGCUCGCAACUUGGGCCAAACUUCCCGCCACCAUGCUGGGUUUCGUGAAAAGGACCGACCUCUCACUCUUAUCGCUCUUGCAGUCAAAUUCGGAGGUGUUAUCUCGAAUCCAUGAUGAUUUCCUCUCCUUGCUACGGCGGCGUGCAUCGGAAAACACAUCAAUCGAAGUUGCUUGUUUCUACGAGACUUUGCCAAUGGUCGGAGGAAGCCAAAUCGUGGACCAGUCCUCUGCAACCAUUCCUGGCUUCAAUAACAUAUCUAUCCACGCCGAUCACAGAGAUAUCGCGCGCUUCUCAUCAGCUCAGAGUCCAGCCUACAAGAGCAUCUUGGGUGUUCUUGAGCGAUGGUCUGAGCUCACGGCGCCAGUUGAAACAGAACUGGGCCUUACUCACGAAGCUAAAAGUUUUCUGGAAACUCUAGCAUUUUCGGAGAUGGGUGUUCGGCAAGCCAUCAUUGAACCUGCCGAGUCUGGCACAUGUCUCUGGAUACUGAAGCACCCUGACUACAAAGCCUGGAUCAAUCGCCAGGAUAUGGAUAAGUCGCACGGGCUCCUCUGGAUCAAAGGAAAACCAGGGUCGGGCAAGAGUACGUUAUUGAAACACAUUGCAUUGGCAAAUCCAAGAACCAAGGAUGUUGUGCGGCUUACAUUCUUCUUCAAUGCACGAGGAUCCGAGGAGGAACGUAAUGCGCAGGGGUUGUUCAAAACAUUUCUCCACCAAUUAGUCUACGAAUCCCCGGCCAUGCAGCGUCGACUUCUGAGACGUUUCCGGAAGAAAAAGACCGAGACAGGGACAAGAGAGAUCGUUUGGACUCGUGCAGAGUUGCGCGAGAUGUUCUUCGAUGCUCUUCAAGUCUCCUCUAAGACUUCGAUUGAGAUUUUUGUGGAUGCACUGGAUGAAUGCAGAGAAGAAGAAGUGCACACCAUUGUCUCUGCUUUUGAGAAAUGCGCCGCCGACCAUAUUGAUAAGGGUUCUCACAAUCUGAAGAUAUGCUGGUCUAGUCGGCACUAUCCCCAUAUCAGCAUUGAUCAUGGAUUCGAACUGAGAGUCGAAGCCAUGAAUGUUGAAGACAUUGAGUUAUAUGUCUACCGCCAUCUUGGACGGUCCGAGCGGGGGAAGAUAUUAGCUCCUCUCGCAUCCGAGGUAGUCUCAAAGUCUCAAGGCGUCUUCUUAUGGAGUGUGCUUGUUGUGAACAAGAUCUCAAGACUGGCUGACAGGGGUUUCCCACUCACAAAGAUCCAGAAAGUCCUUCAUGACCUACCCACUGAGCUGAGCAAACUUUAUGCCGAGAUAAUAUCAACGCUCGACCCCGAUUUGGCAGAGGAUGCUGCAAAUCUUCUGUAUCUGACACUAUAUGCAAAAAGAUCACUUAAUACCGAUGAACUUCGUUUGGGAAUCGAGUUCAUGAGACGCGAUUAUCCACAUUCGUUGGAAAAAUUUGCCUCUCUGGAUGAGCAAGUAUCCUAUUUUCGACUAUUCAUCACUGAGUGCUCCGGUGGCCUUCUCGAGGUCGUGGAUUCUGGAAUUUCUGCUGGUCGACCUGGUACCGAUCUAGAAGAAUUUUGGGGUGUGAGUGAUGGUAUGCAUCACCUGCCUUCUUCAGUAUUGCAGCAAGCACGGAAGAAUCAAGAGGCAGAGCUUGAACGUCAAUACCUCAAGUCAGGCAGCAACCGGCCAAGGACCUCCAAUCUCGAGACAAAGUGGAUCGUUCAAGUGAUACACGAGACUGUACGCGACUUUGUAAGCCAGGGUGACCUUCCUGGACAUCUAUCACACCUUCCUAUGGAUGCUUCAUUCGGGAAUUUCCGUUUGUAUCAGAUGUGCAGCCGCAUCUUGGCCAGCGAUGAGGUGAGCUGUUAUCUCCCCGAAGAUAAAUGUCAAGCUCUGUUUUAUAGUCCCCCGGAUCUUGUGAAAUUGGCUUCAAAAUGGAUUGGGACAUCGAUUGUGGAAUAUGUGAUGGAGAAUAUCUUCUUCCACUUGAAAACUUCGAAUGUCUACAGCCAAAUUGGGCAAAAUAGUGCAACCUGGGGUUUAUUGACUCCCGAAAUGCAGCAUGAUGCCCUCCUAGAAUCUAUCGCGGGUGUUGUUUGUCGAUGGUCAUGUAUUUGGACACAUGAGGACCAAAACCUACCACGGAGUCAGUCUUUAGACACAGAUGCUAUCGUCAAGAUCAUAGAUGAUGAUCUAAAGCCUAUCUUGAGCGCUCUGGAUAUACGACUGGAAGACUUCGGGGAUCACGUUCGCGAAGGUCAUAUUUGUCUCUUGACGCUCUACCGCAAAUCCAUCGACCUGAAGGGCCAAGCCUUGCUUGGGGCGCUUUCCGCAGUUGCAUAUCUUGGGGUGGAGCAUGAAAGGGAAUCUCUGGCAGAGCAAAUAACUUUAGAGGCUGACAAGGACAUCUCAAAUUUCGCUUUCCUUGUUAAGGCUGCAAUCGACGUUGGGAAUUUUGAAGUGUUGGAGAUGUUACUCCCAAAAGCUACUUCUGUAGACUUUUUCAUCCUAAACUCGCACCAAACCCCACUCAUAUAUGCGGUGCAGCAAGAGAAAGGACACAGCGUCAAACUUCUUCUCCAGUACGGCGCAGACCCGAAUCUUUGCAGAACAGGAGAGGAUGCACCCCUUCACUACGCUGCCUCGCUGGGAAGAACGGAUAUUCUGGGUCAACUAUUGAAUAGUGGUGCAGAUAUCCGGGCCAGGAAUGACCGAUGGCAGACUGCAUACGACCUCGCGGUGCGCUACGGGCACAAAGACGCUAGUAGAAGACUAGAAAGGGCCAGGUUCGAGGCGCUGCAGCCGCCUCCAGGAUUGAAAGUUGAGUCACGCACCAUUAGCUGUGACGAGCGUGAAAGUCAGGGCUCUGAGUCGCUUCCACGAAUGAUCGGCGGAUUUGAUUUUGGGUUCCCGGAUUCUGGAGAUGCCUUUCGCGAAGUCACCCUUCUAAAUGCUCGCUUGAGAUCUCCUGUGGUACCAGAAAGUAGCCCUGUCGAAUCCGGCACAACUCGCGACGAACCAGCUGAAAUGAUGGUACUGAAACAGCCACGGGGUUCUCUCACAAUUGGAACUGAAAAAUUGUACGACUCGACGACAAUUGUCGAAGACUGA